UUUGAAAAUUCGUUUCCUAAUUUCCCACCAACAACACCGGCUCCUAAAUCAAUCAAUCAAUCACCUCCUGAUUCUUCUUCAGAAAAACUUAGUGAUCUCCGCGCCGCAAAAACCCUAGUUCACCACCAUGUCGCCGUCCGGAGACGGAGCCAUCAACGGUGGUUGCAGAUGCUCCUGUGUCUCCGGCGAAAAUGGUGGUUUGCACUAUGGCCCCGAGGAUUAUUGUAUCCCCAGAUCUCACGACGAGACUUGCACGCAUUGCGCUAGAUCCAAACCUUCGUUAUGUUCUUCCUCUACGCUUGGUUUCGAUUCGAUACUGUUAACGGACUCGGAGAAGUUACGGAGAAUUGUUGUCGCUUCAGCUAAAGGCUUCUCAAUUGGAGCGGGCAUUAAAGGUGGCUUAGCACUUUUCUCGAUUCUUGCUCGCCUGCGGCGCAAAAAAUCAAGGAAAGCUGAGGCGUUUACUGACAAGGAAGCAAUUUCUAUGGCGAUUAAGGAGACACUUAGAUACGGUCUUUUUCUUGGAACUUUCGCUGGUACAUUUGUUUCAGUAGAUGAGAUUAUUGGUGCUCUUGGAGGACAUAACAGGACUGCGAAAUGGAGGGCAUUAGUAGCCGGACUGGUUGCAGGGCCUUCCAUGCUUCUUACCGGGCCUAACACGCAGCAUACGAGUUUGGCCAUAUACAUACUCAUGAGAGCUGCUGUAUUGGCAUCACGCUGUGGGAUAAAGAGUAAACGGUUUGGGAAGCUUUGUAAACCUCUCACUUGGAAGCAUGGUGACAUUUUCCUUAUGUGUCUCUCGUCUUCGCAAAUCUUGUCUUCAUACAUAUUGAAGCAAGAUAGCUUGCCCCCAUCAUAUAGGUCCUUUCUCAAUAAACAUGGCGGAAAGGAUAUUGUCAUCCUACAAGGUGUAAAAGAGAUUGCAAGUGGCCUUCCAUUCACUGAUUUGGAAGCAAUAGAGAAACUUUACAAGGCAACAGGAGUAGAUGUAAAAUUAGAUCCAAACAUGAAAAUCCCCUGUUCGAUGAUACAUGGGAAUAAAUCAUGUGGCGAACAUGUUGUUUCCUUUCUUAUUGAAGCAUAUAAAAGGGCAUUACCUGUAUAUCUUCCGGUUUAUUUGAUUCCUGCAUUGAUAGUUCAUCGUCAAGGCCUCUUAAAAAGGCCUUACACAAUAUUAGGGAAGGGUCUUGUUGGUACUGCCAGAUCAAGCUUAUUUUUAUCUGUCUAUUGCACAUCUGCUUGGAUGUGGACUUGCAUGCUGUUUAGGAUUUUCAGAAAAUGUACCAUACCAAUGGUAGCAAUGGGAACGUUUCCAACGGGUCUGGCCUUGGCUAUUGAGAAGAAAAGUAGGCGGAUUGAGAUAUCACUCUACUGCCUUGCACGAGCCAUAGAGAGUUUCUUUACAUGCAUGGCUGAUGUUGGGUAUUUGCCACGGUCAAAGAAUCUGAAGAGAGCUGAUGUGGUCAUUUUUAGCUUGUCAACCGCUAUCAUAAUGCAUUGUUAUGCACAGGAGAGGGACGUGUUCCGCUCAAAGUACCUAAAUGUGCUUGAUUGGGUCUUUGGUGUGCCUCCUCCCCCGUGUGAAACCCCUCGCUGCAAAAACAGUUGAGCAGAUUGCAGCGAUUUGGGGUUGAGACGACUUUAGAGCUGAGCAUCCUCUUCUCAUGAAUGAUGAAUUGUAUUUGUUUGCACCAACAGGGCUGGGAGCACCGAGGUGCUUGUAGCAAAUAGCAACGCAGGUAGUAAAUUAUAUCCUGCUGAGUUAUCUAUUCUAGUGUUGAUACCCUGUUGAGUAAUUUUUGACAGUAAAAAAGGUGAAAACAAGAUUUUAUCUGAGUAGGUUCCGUCAUAUUCAUGAUUCGUUUAUCAGCGAAAGCUUUCAUGGGUUUCAAGUUUGAGAUGUCAAGGUAAUCGCUAUUUAAUUUCAAUUUCA